AUGGGAUGCUGUCCAAUUGCAUCGACUAGAGUUGGUUCAAAGUCAAUAAGGAACUCUAAUCCAGCUGAACAUAGAAAUCCAAAACAGCAAGAAAGAGGUCGGACGGAUGACUUAACCGACGAGGAGAGGUUGGAAUUGGACAAUGAAUGUUUCCCUGGAAAUAAAUUUGAUGAGAAAUUGGCAAAAGAUGCACCUUUGGAUGAAAUCAUCAGCAAGUAUUCGAAGCCACCUAAAAUAAAAAGUAUGAAAGAAAUCCAUAACAAAAACGAUUCAUUCAUGAUUCAACCAUUCGAAUACGAUCAAAACGUUCCGGAUACUAAACCAAAGCCCAUCAAUUACGGAAGUCCAUACACUGAUCGAUGCGAUGGCCUGCAUCUUGUCAUGCCCUGUUCACCAACGUAUAUGUCUGUGGAUCACAAACCAUUGUGGCCUCACAUCUAUGGUUUGAUAGCACACCUGAAAGAAAAGUGUGAUAAAGGCGAUGCUAAUUAUGGUGAUUUGAAGGCGACGAUCGAUGCGUGCAGUGGUGUUCCACGAAACAUGGAUUCUUUGAAUAAAUUAGUAACUGAGUUGUAUUCAGAUAACCAUUUUAAACAAUUUAUGUCUACAACUCUUUCGAAAAUGUGUGAACUUGUAUUGUAUCUCGACAAAAUCUGGACUCAACCUCCACCUUUAUUGCCAAGAAAAACAAAUUGCUCUGUAACGAUGUCUCAACGACAAGCGGCUUGUUUAUUAGCCUGCUCAUUUUUCUGUUUAUUCCAACCUCGUAAUCAUUCGAAAGGAUAUGAGAAUUACCAACAUGUCAACUUUGAUGGUUUGUUCGAAGCAGGACCUUCAACAAAGAUCGAAAAGCUCAGAUGUAUUUUACAUUAUUUCCAUCGUAUUACAGAAAAGAUGCCAACAGGUGUCAUCACAUUUCAACGCUUUGUCUUGGAAAAGAAAGACUUUCCACAAUGGCCGAGUAUCAAUGAACCAUUAUCUGAUUUAUACUUGACAACAGAUAAAAGAAUUGAAGACAUUCCAAAUACUUUACAAGUCGAUUUCGCCAACGAGUAUAUCGGAGGCGGCGUCUUGGGUGGUGGUUGUGUUCAAGAAGAGAUCCGCUUUGUCAUUUGUCCUGAGAUGCUAGUCAGUCUAUUGCUUUGCGAGAGAAUGGAGAAAAACGAAUGUAUUUAUCUGAUCGGAUGUGAACGAUUCUCGUCAUACAAGGGCUACGCUAAUACAUUCCAAUUCGACAGUGACUAUCGAGAUCAGACACCGAAGGAUCACUGGGGUCGCAAAUGGUGUCAUUUGGUGGCUAUGGAUGCCGUAUAUUUCAACGAUCCUCCAAUUCAAUAUCAUCCGAAAGAGAUUGAACGAGAAUUACUCAAGGCAUAUACGAGUUUUCUCCCUCAAAGUGCCGACGAAGAUUCUUAUUUUGCCAUUGCCACUGGAAACUGGGGUUGUGGUGCGUUCAAUGGUGAUCGACAAUUAAAAGCCAUUAUUCAAUUGAUGGCUGCUUCUGCAGCUCGACGUCCUAUUAUUUAUGCAGCGUUUGGGGAUAAGAAAUUGGUUGCGUCUUUCGCUUAUAUUUAUGAAGAAUUAAAAACACAUCAAGUUAAAGUGGCUGAUUUGUUUUAUAUGCUACGUGAAUAUAACGGCCAGCGCAAGCGUCCCUCAGUAUUUAAAUACCUUUUGGAAAGAAUGAAAUCGAUUGAAAUAGAAACCACUAACUUUUAA